CAUCAGCGUUCACGGUGAACUGGUCUAAACCACACGCAUCUUAUUUUCUCGUUGCUCAACUACAAUUUCGUCUCUUAAAUUGUUGGAUUUGCUUGUCAUGUAACUGGUAUUUCCAGAAUUUUCACGGGUGAAAGCUUUUGUCCGGAAAAACAGCAUUCAAGAUGGGUUGCGCUGGAUUCACCUGCUCCAAGAAUUCCCUGUGCGCGCUCAACAUCCUCUAUGUUAUGGUGAGUUUGCUGAUGAUCGGCAUCGCUGCCUGGGGCAAGUGUUUUGGGUUGGUGUCGAGCUUCCAGGUGGUGGGUGGCAUCAUUGGAGUGGGCGUCUUCCUCUUCUUUGUUGCCCUAGCUGGACUUAUUGGCGCCAUGAAGCACCACCAGGUUCUGCUGUUCUUUUACAUGAUUAUCCUUUUCCUGGUGUUUGUAGUUCAGUUUUCAGUGUCCAGUGCAUGUCUGGCUAUCAAUGAGGAGCAACAGAAUCACCUGUUGGAGGUGGGCUGGAAUAACUCUCUGACCACUCAGAGGGACGUGGAGAAGAGUCUGAACUGCUGCGGUUUCUCCCACAUGGAUAUCAAUGGAAGCUGUGCCGCUCCCUGCUUUCAUUACAGCACUUGCACCACAUGUGCUGCAAAGAUCCAGGAGCACGCCGGGGAGGUGCUGCGCUUCGUCGGAGGGAUCGGCCUCUUCUUCAGCUUCACUGAGAUCCUGGGGCUUUGGCUGACAUACAGGUACAGAAACCAAAAGGACCCACGGGCGAAUCCCAGCGCCUUCCUGUAGGUUUGAUUCUUAUGCUGAAUUCUCUGGGUUUGUCGUCUGACCACUGGAUUUCUCAUUGGAGCUAUUAAAGAGAGUGCGUUUGCUUUUACUGAAGAGGAGACCAGCCUGCGUGUUCUUGCUGCUAUACAUUAUUAUGUGCUUGAUUUUUCAAGAGUACAGUGUGACGGCACUGUGUUGUACGUAAUGAGGCUGUACUUAUGCUUGGAGAAUUCCUCUCAAUGAAAGAACAGAACACCAAAUACUAGUAUGCAGUACUUACUCUAAUGGGGUAAACAACAAAGACCAGCUGAUUUUAUGUUAACCGUUUUAUUUUAUGUGGUAAAAAACAUUAACAGAAAAUGAGCUGAUGUGAUCAAAACAUGCAGUGUGUGAGAGCAUGGCACUAUUUAUGUUGCCAGUUUAUAUAUACUGACAAAAUCAAAAUGUAUCCAUAUCAAUUCCACAUUGAUUUAUUAUAAUAAAUGCACAUGUUAUCAAUUAGCAUGAAUGACAGAGUAAAAUUGAAGUUGCUCUGAAUCAAUAUAAUGCUAUAAACGUGCAAUAAAAAAUUGUCUGAAUGCUAGAUACAUUAUUGGACUUCGUAAUUAGUAUGAAAAAUGCAAUUAAAUGCAAAAAUCGAUAGAAGAAUGUUUUCUUGAGCACUGUUUAGUAAUCUCAGAUUUGAUAUUACAUAUUUAUCUGCUUAUUUCAUUUUCAAAUUAUGCGUGUUACUUAGUUUACCAAUUUGAUUGUGUGUAUCGUUUUGUCUUCUUGCAUGAAUUCCUCAUUGAAAUGUAUCCAAUGGUUCUGUGAACUAUGCUCUCAAGCAUUUGAAAUCAGAAAAAAAUAAACACUCUUUGAGGACACAAUUGUACUUUGGCUAGUUUUGUCUUUGUGUAACUUAACUGCUGGUUUUCCACAAUGCUUAUGGCAAAUGCUUUUAUUGUCUGAAAUCUUAUUCCAUUUCAGUGGAGUAUUUCAGGAGAGCAACUUCCUCUAUCCUCAAACCAAUCAGAAACCGACACGCUGAGGCCAAGAGCUCAGUGUAUUACAAAGGCAGCUAGUAACCAGGCAACAAUAUGACUCAGGAAAACAUGCUGCCAGUUACUCUGACUCCUCCCACCAGGAUACUAGCCGGAGGAG